CUCUCUCUCUCUUAUCUAAUCUUACUUUCACCCACAUUUUCGCUUUACUAUUUUAUUCUUCUUCUUUUACAUUUCGCACCUUUUAUUCAAUUCAUGUAUACCCCCAACUUUGAUUUUUUUUGUUUAGAUUCGAUAAAAGAAAAGUAAAGUUGCUUGCUCGUUGCAAUCAUAGUAUACAAGUAGAAGGGGUUUAAACAACACUUUUUGCUUUUUCUCUUUUAAUAAAUACUUUUAAGGGCAUUUGGAUCUAGAAGUGCUUUUAGAUUUUGGGGAUUCGUUUAACUAAUUAAUUGGGACCAGCUUCCUUAUAAAUUUCCACUAUUUUAGAUUCCACUAUUUGUUAAUGGUUUUUUCUAAGUAGCUAGUUGGUGUUGUUUCUCACAGGAAUUGGGUAUUGAUAGCUUAACUUGCAUAAAUAUAUGUUUGGCAUUUGAAUUGAGGUUUUAUAAGAAGCUUUGAGUUGUGAAGAUGUUAGAGAUUGGAGAAUUUUGACUCUGUGCUUCUCAGAGAUUCCACUCUGAUUGAUUGUUAGCUCAUCUAAUGAACGGGAGUUGCUUUGGGAUACAUGUUGAAGAAAAAUGAUUGAGCAAUUCAUCAAUUUCGUUAUUCGGCCUCCAAGGGCGGACUAUAACCCAGAUCAGUAUCUGUGGGAAAAGGAGUUCUCCCUUGCUGGUAGAACAUACCAAAGGCAGGAUUUGGAGCUCAAGAAUGCCAGAGGCUAUACCUUGAAGUGUAGUCAUUAUCUCCCUUCUCCUUUUCCUGAAGAUACUUCUCUUCCUUGUGUUAUAUAUUGCCAUGGAAACAGUGGAUGUCGGGCAGAUGCUAACGAAGCUGCUGUAAUUCUUCUUCCAUCAAAUAUUACUGUAUUUACCCUUGACUUCUCAGGGUCAGGCUUAUCUGAUGGAGACUAUGUUAGCCUUGGUUGGCAUGAAAAAGAUGAUUUGAAGAUUGUGGUGUCGCAUUUGAGAAGCAACAAACAAAUAUCGCGUAUAGGUUUAUGGGGACGAUCAAUGGGCGCAGUUACUAGCCUUCUUUAUGGAGCCGAAGACCCUUCUAUUGCUGGAAUGGUAUUAGAUAGUGCCUUUUCAAACUUAUAUAAUCUCAUGAUGGAGCUCGUGGAUGUUUAUAAAAUUCGGCUUCCAAAAUUCACUGUUAAAAUGGCUGUACAAUACAUGCGGCGGGUUAUUGAGAAGAAGGCAAAGUUUGAUAUUAUGAAACUGAACUGUAUUCUGGUUGCACCAAAGACAUUCAUUCCUGUUUUAUUUGGACAUGCAAGCGAUGACAAAUUCAUUCAGCCACGCCACUCUGAUCUCAUCUCUGAAUCUUAUGCAGGUGAUAAAAAUAUCAUAAAAUUUGAUGGCGACCACAACUCUUCCAGACCACAGUUCUUUUAUGAUUCAGUUUCCAUUUUCUUCUACAAUGUCCUCCGUCCUCCUCAAGUUUCUAUUGCUGAUAAGCUCGAGAAAUAUUAUGAUUUGGGGGAUUUGAAACUUGGUUCUGGUGUGGAUGAGAGCGUAUUAUAUGAGAUUCUCUCUAGUCUACGGUCAGCAACUACUGAUGCUGCAAGUUCAUCUUCUGCAUUUCCGACGAUUUCUGCCACAAAAUCAGUUACCGAACUUCUCUCAGAAGUUGGCCCCCUAACUGAUGUUGACCCCUUGUUUGGAGAAGAAACUGCGGAUGACAACGAUGGAAUUGGCCAUGAUGAAGCCGCAGAUGUGCAGGUCAAGCUAAAUGGCCAGACUGAAGAUUGUUGCUCAUAUACAAGCUCAAAUAGAGAAAGUUGGGGCAGAUGUUCUUCUUUAGGAGGCAGUGAUCAAGAAUCUUGUGUUGAUGAUAAACUCUCUCAGAACACUGUGAAGUUGUAUGCAACACCUUUGCGAAGCAUGAAAGAGAAAUCAUCAGACCCAAGAGAAGAUGAUAAGAAGCACAGGAAGAAUAAAAAGAAGAAUAAAGCUGGAAAAGUUGAAAAGAAACCGAAGAGUGACAGAUUUGAGAAGCUGGAGGCUCUUAGCAGACGCUUGCGGCUUUGCCUUCUAAAGGGAUCAACACAUCGAAGACAAAAGUCCUCUUGACCUCAUUUGUAUCAUAUCAAAAUCUUUAAAUAGUCAAUCAAUCUAAUUGUAAUGUUAUUACAAAAUCAAUUUCGUGUGUAGGUUGUGACUAGUUUAGUAGUAGGUUUUAUAUUUUAUUUUAGGAAUUGCCAAAUAUUGGUUUCUCGAUGGCUUCUUUUCACUGGUAUCAUUAUUUACUGACCCACCACACCUUUGCUGAGCAAGUGUUGCAAAAUUUGUAUUAGAACUUUUGUUAGUGAAUGGCAUGAUAUUUCUUUUUGGUCA